AUGACAUGUUCACGAAUACACACGUAGAAAGAUUCAAAGCCAAGUUUUAGCAUCCUCGUCCCCGUCUUCAUCGACCCCACAGCCAUGUUCUCCCCUCUUCCCGCCCUCGUCAACCUCGUCCUGUUCUCCUGCCUUGUCAACCUCGCCGAUGCACGAUCACAAUCAUCAGCAGUCUUGUUCGGAAUCAAAGCCCUGACAGCGGACAGAUCAUCUCCAGCCAACUUGACUCUAAAUCGACGACAGUCGACCCAGCUUUGCGCGGACAAUUAUUGUACGAGCUUGGACGCUCCUGGGCUGGGUGCUCUACAAAAAUGCAAAGCCGAUGAUCAACCCUGUGUCUGUCAAGCGUCUCAGCAACUCUCGAGCUCUUGUCUGAGCUGCCACGGCAACCUUAGCAGUAUCACUGAGAUAUUCGACUUUUAUCAAGAAUGUCGUUUGAUACCCAAACCUCCUACUGCCGAAUCCUGUCGACCGCUCUGUUCCUCCGACCUGUCCGCUGUCAAUACCCUCUCUACUUGCGGCUCGGAAGACCAAGGAUGUAUCUGUAAAGGCGUCGACGAGAUAGCCAGCUUACAAUGUCUGAACUGUAUAAUGUACCUCGGCGGGGAGGAAUAUACCGCGACGGACGUCAAACAGACCUGUCUACUCUCCUCUGCGACCCUCGGUACGGCCCUUCGUCCGUCCAGCACGAUCACCCCAACCUCCACCCCGAUGUCGACCAGCUCGCAAUUGAGUUCGUCUUAUCCAUCUGAAGCCAUCACUUCGACCAUCUCUAUCGCCCGACCUACCGGAGCGACAACAGACACAGGAACGGGGGCUGCCACGGAGAGUCCGAUGCCACCGCCGUCAGAGUCUGCCGAGAACGGAGCGGUAGAGAGAGGAUUGGUAGCAAAACUAGCACUGUGUCUCGUUCCCCUUCUGGUUAUCGUCUGUGGUCUGAUAUAG